AUGCAGCCAACCACAAGCAACACGGCCCAGCCUGGUGUCAACACUCAAAUGACUCCUCAGAGCCAGGCUGAAGCCCAAGACCAGUCUCCAGAUGAGCUCCUCACUCAUCCAGAGCGGCAUUUUGAUCUCCUAACAGAUGGCAUGCGACGUCGCCUCGAGGAAGCAGUUGCUCGCGAAUCUCGCACAAACGAAGAACUAGCCGCAAUGGGCGUCGACCCUAAAGACUAUGAUGAACAUGAAGACGAAUAUAUGGAUACAAACAUCGAUUUGGGCCCUGAUAUCGAAAUCAAGGAGCCUGACAGCCAACAGAGCUUCACGAAGAGGGUCAAGUUCUCGAAAGCUUAUGCUCAUGGUCUCUUUGAAGGAGAUAAUCCCUACGAAAUUGAGAAUGAGGUUGAUCAUCUCACCCUAAGUCUCAAGCACACCAGUCUCGAUCUCAUCACUGCUCUCUGCUGCAACCUUGAGCUUGCCAUUGAGAUUGUCCUGCAUUUCGAAAAGCGAUUACGGGACAUAUGCUCUCCUGCAUCCGCUGGGAAAGUCUUCCACUGGAAGCUCUAUGGCAAAACCCUCAUCAAAGAUCCAGCUGACCGCAAUUCGGGUGCUCAUGAUGCUCGGUUCCUUGAAGGCCGCUGGGAAACCAAGAAGACAAACCCUAACCAGAUUCGACUUAUUCCUGGUUUUAAGUACCUUGAGUUGGUCAUCGGCCGCGAUCGAUACUGUCGCGAGAUCAUCGCAAUGAUGGCUCGCAUGGGCUUUCGGAUGCCACAUACAAUGCACAGCACCCUUCUCCGACUCUGGGUUCUACUUGAAAUCCCGACUACUCGCCAGAGACAAUUAUUUCUGAGAAGCAGAAAGUAUUGGACCGACGUCCACCUCUAUAAUGCGCAGUUCUUUAUGGUCAAGCUUUCCAUGGCAUUUACACACCCCUUUUUCAAUCCCAUUAGCAUUGACAUGGUUAAGCUCAUGAUGGGCCAGAAAGGUUUGUAUCCACUAUGGCAAUGCCUCAUGCGACAGAAGUACAGAACUAUGUCAGAAUGCAUGGAGCUCAAGGCUCGCUACGACUUGCGCCUCCCACGAUCUGUUUGGGCUCUAAUUAAGAAAGAAAAUUACCCCUCGGCUUAUGGCGUUCCCGUCCACCAGGUUGGCCUUGGUCAUCUGGAAGGCUGGGGAAAAGGGAUUCGUCAUCUUGGACGCCCUGAUGAGAUCUUACCGAUCGAGGCGGUCUUCCGUGGACUCCAUCUGGAAGACCACAUCACUCAAAUGAUGAUAUGGGGCUACAUCGACUUUGAGACGGGAGAGAACCUCGUCCCUACCGAAGAAGAGAUGUAUAUCUCAGAUGAAGAGGAGAAGCUCAACAAAGCCGACAACACUCACCAUUGGCAGCGCAAGCACGCUCUCAAGAAACGCUGGAAUGAACUCACCCCCGAACAGCAACAAGAGAUUAAGGACGAUGACUCGGAUGAGCACCUCCGCGCUAUGGCCUGGUCAUCAGUUGACAACGAGGACCAAGACUGGGACAGGGAGUCCGACGACGCCGACGACGAGAGCGACGGCGAAUACGACAUCAACACCGAGAUCAACCGUGGAUACCGCAUGCCCGCCACACCUAACGAAAGUUCAUCAGCUGACGAUACCAUGAGCGACAUAUUAGCUGGUGGAGAGGCAAUUCGUGUCGGUAAUCAGGAAAUUUCUGCUGACGAAGUCGCUGAGAUGAUGGGCGGGAUGGACGUCCCUGUUCAGAGAGAGGAGAUUGAGGCCUGGAACACCACGCUCAGCGAGCUCUUCGUCAACUCAAACCCCGAAGUGAAUGAUGCCGACUACGAAAUGGCCAAGAUUUGGGAGAUCUGGUUUGCCAAUGGAAGCUCUGGUCACCCCCCUUCCACCGUCGCACCCAGUACGAUGGGUUUCCAGAACCAGGCUGCCGGUAACAACUCGAACAACAAUGGGCAGUAG